UCGAAACGAAAGUAGCAUUGUUUACAACAAAUUCGAAGGCAUUCUAUUUCAAUUGUUUUAGCGGCUAAAAAAUGGAAGCGAAAGUGUGUCGCACUUGUGGAAAGCGCACAAAUGCCGAGAGAUCAUUGAAUAUAUUUGAAAAGCGCAAUCAAACCACACUGGAACACAUUAAACUACUAACUGGCGCUGCGUUAAAGAACUGUAAUACGUUGCCAAAUCGAUUAUGUGCCUCCUGCCAAACUUGUGUGCAACAAGCCAUAUCCUUUCGGGAACGCUGCUUGGAAGUCCAGAGGGAGCUGCUUCAUUCCCUGGAUGAUGAAGAGUUCUUUAAAAUCUGCCAGGAAUCUCCCAAAAGCGGCUUUGAGCGGGAGGAGCACUUGGAAGCGUCACAAAUUAGCAUAGAAAUUGAGCGGUUGGACGAUCUCGAUGAUGAACCCAUGCAAAGCUCCGGUUUUAAAUUGGAAGACAUUCUUAGUGAAUCUGAAAUCCACGAGGACGAGCCCAAUAAUGAUGACGAUAUUGGUUUCAGUGAAGUGGAUUACCUCAUUUACGAAAGCGAUCCGGAAGUAGAUGAAAAGCAGGACCUCAAAUCAGGCUCUGAGAAUCCCAAGAAAAGAAGAAAACGUCGGAAACCCUGCGACUCCAAUGGCACCUACGUUUGCGAGGAGUGCGGAAAUCACAUAAAAGGACGCAUUGCAUUUAUACUGCACUGUAAGCGACAUCGCGGCGUCAAGGAGUUUGGAUGCGAAUUCUGUGAGGAUCGGUUUUGCACGCCGGCGGAACUAAAGCGCCACGUUCGCAGGCACACCGGGGAGAAACCCUUUAAGUGCAGACACUGUUCCCGCAGCUUCUCGGACUACAGCACUCGAUUGAAGCACGAGCGGACUCACACGAACGAACGGCCCUUUGUCUGCAAGGAGUGCAACAAUGCCUUCACAACAUCCUAUAUUCUUAAGAACCACAUGCUCGUGCAUACCGGCGAAAAGGCUUUUAAGUGCGACCUGUGCGAUAAGUCAUUCAGUCGCGAUACGCACCUUACUACCCAUUAUCGUUCAAAUGCUCACAGACGAAACAUGCAGAAAGCGACAGUUGCGUACAACAAAUAACUAUUUUUACCAAAAUGUCGUAGGGAAUAAACAAAGUGUGAACUAUA